AUGUCAAACUACCCUCCGACACCCUCCUUCGCGGGACCAAAUUAUACACCACCUCAGUGGCUUCCGUCAAACCCGACUCCCUCCUCAUCCAUGCCUUCCUUACUUCCUCAUCAUCAUUUCCCCUAUAUUCACAACCAGACUGCCGUUCCGCCAUCUCACCCCGAAGGGGCUGCGCUUCCUGGUAAUCAAGAUAGUCAUAUGGCCAACUCACAUCUGCCGGGGCUCGGAGGCCCGGGCGCGCCUGGACAAAUACCGCCGCCGCUAUUCGGCUUCAUGGCCCCAUUCACCUCUUCCCCAUUCCCACCUCCGCCAUUUCCUCCGAUUCAGAUGCCGCCUCUGAGAUACCCCUCUAUCCCAGCGCCUUCCGCCCCUCUUAUGCACCAAUCCGGUUAUACACCGAGUGAACCACAGUCCCGCCUUGUUCAAGAGGUCUCGACCCCUGCGGAUUCACAAGUUUCAAGCACAUCCAACUCCAAUAUGGACCUUGAUCGCGAAGAAGGCGAGCUUACUGAUGGAGAUGAUCUACCGUUCCAACCGAAGGGAUCCGAAACGGCUGCUGCAUCGUCACGACCACCGAAAGAUGUGCAAGAACACCUAAAACUAAAUGGAAAAGUCGGCAGUAUGCGCGGGGAUUCUCGAAACCUACCUGGCGCCGACAUUUUAAACACGUCAACUUCUUCCGUACCCAUAUCUUCCAGAGAUACUAAGAAGGGAGGAUUAAACGUAACAAGUACCGAGAGCUCAAUGGAAGAUCUUUCGUCAUCUCGGAGCAGCGGCUCUCCUUAUAACCCAGCUCUUACAAUACGUGCUGAAUCUCCUUGUCCGAACAAUAUUGGCCUCGAUGGCGCUGCUAUGUCGAAUUUACUCAGCGACCGCACAUACGAGCCAGCGAACAAUGAUGUGAUUGAGAAUAAUCCUGUCCGACUAUGGUACGACAUGAAGCCCACGGCUCAGUUGCGCGUUCAGGCCCAAGGGGCACUUCUGAGUUUAGCUCCUCACAAUAUUCGCUACAAUGAAUUGGUGAGAGAAGGCAUUGACCCUCUUGUUCUUCGUCAACUUUACGAGGACGUUGGCAUCAAAAUUCCUACUCCGCAACCUGAUGUCGAGUCGAACUCACCCGCUUCUACCUCCUCUCCAAGUGGUCGUACUGCAGGGCACGGUCUAGAUCAACCAGUUGCCAAGGUUGCGACUUCUCCGAAGGCUGCUGCGCAGCAAGACCCCAUGAAUGUUGUUGUCUCUCCUCCGCCAUCCACACAGCAGGAUGUAACGGGCAAACCAAUGGAGCGGAAGGAAGUCAUUGCCCGCAUGCUUGCGGCGAAAGCGGCAAAGACCCCCACAUCCACGCCGUCGCAGACCGCAGCUGCAAAAGAAACCAUACCUUCUCCGAGCUCGAAUUUGACUGAUGCCGGCAAAACGACGACACUUCCCUCACGCGAUGCUCCGACGCUAGAGAAGGAAGCGCGCGUGAAGGAGAAGAAUAAAGCACAAACCGAACUCGCCAGACAAAGAAUCGAACAACUCAAGAAACAAGGGUUAAUGAGGACUUUGCAGAAAUCGCAGCCAGAUUCAACGCCAUCUGAGCCAAACGAAGAGCACACCAACAAUACAGAUACCUCACAGGCCACGAACUUGACUCCAAUUCAGCACCCUUUGCCUGAGCGCCCGCCGGACCCAGAAUUUUCACCUCAAUCCCGUAUUCCAGGGCUUUUCAUGACCGAAAGUCAGGAACCGGUCAUAACGGAAGAGUUGAAUGCUGCGCCUGUUCAGCAUGUUGCCGAUACAGGUAGCCAAACACGCACAAAUCAGCGCAAGAGACCGCGAGCUUCUGACUUUGACGAACCCGUUCCCAUGCUCAAAAAGUCAUUCGGUAAUGGGUCAAACCACGUCGUUGCUGAACCUGCGAGGCUUAUCAUCGAUAUUAGCGACGAUGAGUUUUAUGGAGAUGACGAGAAUGAUAGCAUGGACGUUGAUACACUGCCAGGAAACGUGUCGCAGGAUGUUGAGAGACUUCUCCGGCGCACUCCGAUGACCACAGAUUCGUUACCUCAGCGGCCAGCAACAUCACUCAGUCAGGGGUUCUCUACGUCAGUGACUCCCAAUGGACGGAAUUACGAUCAAGAGCAUCAGGAGCAUCUUCGCCGUAAGGACUUGGAAAUCAAGGCGAUGCACCGUCGGAUUGCCGAGCUUGAGGAACGGAAAAAGGCGAAGCUAGCAGCUAGUCGCACGCAGUCCCCUCGUGCUGUGGACCUGCCAACGCCGCCUGUUGAUUCAGUGACGGCCGAUGUCGCCAUCAAUGAGAACACCAGUGUGAAUCAGGUGCCCAAGCUGGACGAGGCUACUUCCCAGCUGAUGGAACAAGUAUCUUCACUCCCUAAAGAUGCUCUCAAACUAGAAGAGAUGCGAGCCAAACUCUUGCGGAAGCAGGAAAUCGAGUCUGGUAUCCCUGCCCUGGAUCACGAAAUAAACAAGUCCGAGGCAAGGCUGGCCGAGGUGAAUCAGGAGCAGAAUUCGCUAUUAUCUCAAAUCACCAAGGGGAAAGAAGGUCGCCGGCAGCUUUUACAUGAAUUGGAAGCUCUUGGCCAGGAGUUGCAGGACGUGACACUUGAUGACAUAGAGUUAGCCCUCCGCCAAGUGCAGACUGAAGAACCAGCAGAUGCAGAUCUUAUCGCAACUACCCAUGAAUUGCCUCCUCGGCCUAUCACAAAUCAGGUUCCCGAGGCAACAAAUGCCCAAAUGCCCGUGCAUAACGAAGCUUUACCCGCUACUGACUAUGUAUCUGCUUCGGACGCCGCGGUAUCUAAUGCGGAACAUGAGAAAGAUAGUGUCAUGGACGAUGCUGACGAAGAGCAAAUGGCUACUUCAUCGUCUGAUUCGAUGAGCUCGUCGAUGGACGAAUCCAGCGAAAGCGAAAGCGAAAGCGACGAUUCCGCGUCGGUCGCGUCGGAAGAAUCAGUAGCCAGAAGCUCUGCGCCAGCCACUGCAGAAACCCACGCUCAGAACGACCCAACUCAAGAGACUGAGCAGGAAACCCCGGCCGGGUCGGAUUUGGAUGGCUCCUCGCUAAAGCAAUCGCAACUCACUAAUGCUGAAUCCCAGGUCAAUGUUACGUCUGAUGAACAUAUGGAGGGAUCAGCACCUGAAGUACAGGACCGAGGAUCUCGUGAAUCGUCUGUAUCGGACGCUUAUGAGCCUCCCGAGCCAGAAUUGACUGCAAGCCCAGCCGGUUCCGCUUACUCACCCCCUUUUAGUCCUGCUUCUCUUGCUCCUGUUGAGCCUACCGACGACUCUGAAUUUCCAUCCAACGAGGUUACCAAGGCCAGCGAGCCGCUAACUGAAAAUGACCAGGGCUUGGCUGUUCACCAACCACGAAGUUUUGCUCGAAUCAGCCCUUUGGAUAAUGAGCGGGAUCCCUAUGACAGCCUUACCACAUUCACGCAAUACGAUAGUCCACUAAAGCAUUUCAAGGCUUACCGCUACCACCCAAGCUACGUUGAUAAUGUUGCAAACGGCUAUCGUUCUCUGACAUAUAGCCACAACAUUGACCCCAUGAAAUACCUGUGUCCAUUUGAGGCCGCGGGGGGUGUCUGCAACGAUCGAUCUUGCGAAUUUCAACACUUCCGAGACAUGUCUCUUAGCGGUGCGUCGACAGAUUCAAGCCAUUAUUCGCAGACAUAUCCCUUGAUGAUCUGA